AAUCGGCACUUUUCAGGCUUGGAAAUUUGGGCUUUACCUGGUGAGCUCUAUUUAAAUUCAUUGUACCGAGCUUUGAACAUAUCUUUAUCUCUAACGAGGACGCAACUUGUAAAUCCACGUCACAAGUCUUGUGCUUAUCCGCUAAAUGAGCAAAUGGCUAUAAAACCAAGCCUUCCCUAUUUUGUCAAAGCAUUUUCACCUGGUGUGCUAAAAUGAGUGAAGAAGCUAUUAUAUCUCAGAUGAAACCGCCCUCCUCUUUUCAUAAAAGUAGAGCCAAUGUUAAGGAUUUGUGGGCCAAUUUGGACAAUGUGUCAUAUCCCAAUGGAAGCAUUGGCGAUGAAGUGAGAAUUCUGAGGGGGGUAAAUAAGAAGAAGUGUAGUAAUCAGCAUGAAUACAGAGGCAUAAGAAAACGUCCAUGGGGAAAAUGGGCUGCAGAGAUUAGAGACCCAGUUAAGGGAAUGAGGGUUUGGCUCGGCACAUUUAGUACUUCUGAGGAUGCAGCUAGGGCUUAUGAUCGAGAAGCUUUUAAGAUCAGAGGCGCCAAAGCCAAGCUCAAUUUCCCCAUAACAGUGCCACCACCAAAUUUUGACAAUGGUCUAAAUUCAAAGGGAAGUUUAGCAGAGGUUGAAGCAAGUUUGCUGCCAACAAAUACAGAUAAUGGUCGGAAUUCAAAGGAAAGUUUGCCGCCAACAAUUACAGGUAAUGGUUUGAAUUCAAAGGGAAGUUUGCAGCCAACAGAUACAGAUAAUGGUCUAACCCCAAGUUUAACCAAGGGUGUAGAUGCGACAGAGGAUUAUCUUGAAUAUUUGGACGCAGUGCUGGAGCUGAAAUCUGAGAUCCAAUGUACACCAGCUUCUAAUUCAGAUCCCAAUUUUUUCACUUGGGUUGGAGAUGAGCACAAAAAGCUCUGAUUUACUCUGGGAAACAGUCCAUGUAAAGGAUAAUAAUGAGUGGAUAUUGAAUUCAUACAAGGUUGCAGAGCUGUCGAAUAUGUUAAACUGUUCUCAGUAAGGGAGCACAGAUUUGCAAAGACAAAGUCCUCUGUAUAAUUGAGAGCAUGUUGAUAUUCCAGCUUAUGACGCUUGAUUUUCUAGGUAGCCUGUUAAAUUGUUGUAUAGAUAGGAAUUACUAUUUUGCUUCCUUGUGAAAUACUGCUUAUGUACAUUACCUAUGAGCUCAUUUCUAGUAAACAAUUUGUUUCAGAAUUGUGUAUAGUUGUGCUAUUAUAUGUACAGAGAGUUUCUUGUUA